AUGGACGAAGACGAAGAAACACUCUGUAGAUAUGGAACGGCCCUGCCAGCUUUUGAGGAAGAUGCGGUACCAUCGAAAAAGCCUAUCACGGUGGAAGAUCAAAUCGUGCUGGAUAGCAAUGGAAAGCGUCGUUUCCAUGGGGCUUUCACGGGAGGAUUUUCUGCGGGCUACUGGAAUACCGUUGGUUCCGAGGAAGGUUGGAAACCAACCGAGUUUAAAAGCUCUCGAACAGAGAAAUCCUCCAUGGCUCGACAGCAAAACCCGAUGGAUUUUAUGGACGAGGAGGACUUGGGAGAGUUUGGUAUUGCACCACAGCGUGUACAGGCGAAAGACGAUUUUGCACAUAACAGUGCCAGCGUUCGCUCGAACAAACGCAGGAUUGAGUUAAGUUUUUCCAAAGGUCCCAUACCCGGACAGCCAGUGUUGCGUUCAUUACUUGAACCGGCAAAGGAAAAGACGGCCGUAAAAAUUCUUAAGAAAAUGGGCUGGCGCGAAGGGCAAGGAAUCGGUGAACGACAAACGAAGGGCGAGAAAAGGCGUGCGAACGAACGAACCAGCAAAGAGCAGUAUAUUAUGAAAAUGUACGGCUGCGAAAUACCGGGUCGAACGGAGCACAACAUUACCACAGAAGACGAUGGAGACGAUGGUACUGAUAGCUCGGAGAGUGAUUAUGAGAUAACUUUUGCUCCGGAUGAUUUUGAUCCUUUGGUAGCUGCUCUGAAGGAUAAUACUUUCGGAUUAGGUUACAGCGGACUGGACCGUGGCGGCACGUCUAAAGCGUUUCGGCUGUUUGAUACACUCGAAGUGGUCGACAGAAACAACAAGAAGCUUUCUAUACGCGGACAAGCUUUCGGUAUAGGUGCACUAGAAGACGAUGACGAUCUGGAUGUGUACGCCCGGGACGAUAUGACACGGUACGAUUUUUCGCUGGAAGAUAGAACCCAAUCGAAACGUGCCAUUGAGGCAAAAAAGUCCGGCAGCGAAGCAAACACACUGGAGGGUUUCUGUCCUGCGAAUAAUGCACGGAAAUUAGCGAAAAAGGUGUUUCGUGUGGAUGUGCCGGGUGGCUUUAAGCCACGAAAUUGGGAGGAACGUAGAUCUCGCUUUGACCCUAUUGAUGAGAGUCGUGCGAAAAAAAUGCAACAGGAAAAUGAACACAAAAUCAAAGGUCUCGGUAGGCACGAUCUCGACCCGAAGGAACGGGGGGCUAUUUUAGGGGAAAAGCCCAUUGUCAGUAAUCCGUGGUUGGAGAAGAUAAACAAACAAAGUACCGGCUUUGUUUGUCGAGAAGUUAUGAACGAAGAUGUACCACCGACGACGAAAAAAGAAGAGCACGAGAUUAGUGGAAACAGUACGCAGAAAUCGUCAAUACCUGUGAUUCCAUCCGGUUUAGUGCAGCAACCGAGCGUUCUGCAGCGACAAUACGUCGGUUCCACAAAGGAAGGCUUCAAACCGUUCAUUGCGUUGCCCGAAAAGCAGGAGCGUUAUGAACGGUUUCUUGCCUUUCAACCUACGGAGCGCUACCUAACCCGAGAACAGUACCUUGAAUCGUUGCAACCGUUAAAUCUUUCAGCCUGGGAUCGAGAACGAGAGUUGAAGGAAUUUAUGCAAGCGGAACGUAUGUAUCGUCCGCUGGACGGGCUUAUGUCGGAACGGUUCGUGACGGCAUCGAGCCUAAUUGCGAAUGAUACUAUCCCCGCCGAUGGCGAACCGGGAAAAAUGCGUGAAAUUCGUAUGCAGCGCUCUCGCGUUAUGUGGAAACCGCACAAGGAUAUCUGCAAACGGUUCAACGUCCCAGAACCGUUUGGUGGCAUGAUGGUAGACGAACCCGAUGAUGCGGAAAAACGACGUAAGGAAAAGGGAAAAUUUUCCGUGUUCGACUAUCUGGAGGCUCCCGUAACUAAUAGGCGCGAUUUUGUGACUCCCACCAUGAUACCCAACGCACCGCAGGAAGGAAAGCAACCGCACACAUCUAUGACUACACCAGUCGAUCAAACUGGCAAUGCGAGAACUGCAAGUCUACGAAUUUCUUCGAAAGAGUUUUUCUCCAACAAUAAUUCCACGUUUACACCACCGGUGGAUCAAUCCAACGUUGAAGCUAAGGACGAACAAGCGAAACUACCUACUGCACAAUCUUCCCGUGUGAUACCGCAACGGCCAGAGAAGAAACGAACGGAGCUUGAGGUCAAAGUUCUGCAGGCAACCAACAAAAAGCCGGAAGAAAAACGUGAUCUUUUCAAGUCCAUCUUUUGUAGCAGUGACGAAGAGGACGAUGAGACACAGAACGGGGAACAAAUGCAAAGUUCCAAAUCGGACGACACAUUAUCAGCCGGACAGAAUCCACUAACGGACGAGGAAAAGCUUAAAAUGGUCGACAGCUUUGUGGCGAUAAAACCCGCCAGUCAGAUGAACAUAUUGCGCAACAAUUCUCCACCACGUGGUAUUUUUAAAAAUUUGUUCGAAUACAAAAAAACGUCAAAUGGUGCCGAGGAGGAUUCUUCCAAGCAGGAUGGUAUAUUGCAGAGUGCCUCUAAAUCCCAAGCGCCACUACCAGUUGCUGACGCCGAAAGGCUUAACAAUUCGGUACAUGAUGAAGCCCGCAAGGGUUCCGAUUCAUCAGGCGAUUCGGAACAGGACAGUGCAUCCGAUUCGGAUCACUCAGAAUAUUAUGGUCCAAAGCUACCUUCACAAACGAUCCCGGCCAAUACCGACAAACCUUCAGGAUCGAUGCACGUUUUUGCCUCGCGGAAAGUACCGGAGAAAACGAACGAAAUUUGGAUCGAAAAAGAAACGUCAGCCGCAGGGAAGCCGAAGAAAAAGAAAAAACAUAAACAUCAUCAGCACCACAAAAGCAAAUCGAAAACCAAACAUAAAAAGGACAAAAAGAAGAGUAGUCAUAAGCAUAAAAGUAAACACUAA